AUAUCAGAGGUGGGAGAUUGAAACUGAAUCUCACAAGAAUUCCCUUCCCAUAGUAUCAUAGAUAAUAAGUAUACAAACCGUACCCUCCUCUGCUCUACGCCUGAGUCCUGAUCUAGCCUAACGUUUGAAGCAAGUCAAGUCGAGGAGACACCGACACGCCUUUUGAUCAGGAAGAUCAUCGUCAAAUCAAAAUCAAAAUCGAAAAUGGCUGUGACCAUCAAGCAGGCUGCCCUGAUCGUCUCCUUUCUCGGCGUCUUGUCUUUCAUCUUCGGAGUCAUUGCCGAAAACAAGAAGCCAGCGGCUGGAACUCCAAUUUCUGGAAAAGAUGUGGUUAUUUGCAAAUAUCCAUCGGAUCCCUCGGUGGUUCUGGGCUACCUAUCGGUUGCAUUUCUGUCACUUUCUAGUUUCGCUGGCUAUUGGUCUCUGUUUUACCCUUACAAAGGAAAAUCUGUUCCACAUUCUGUUCUCUUCCAAAGCACUAGUUUCUUCGUCUUCUUCAACAUUGCCUUGUUUACAGGGGGCUUAGCAUUCACUCUGCUCUUAUGGCCAACCAUCACAGAGCAGCUUCACUUGACUCGCAAUGUUCACCACAAUCUCACCACAGAAUGCCCUACCGCUAAGACUGGACUCCUUGGUGGUGGUGCCUUUGUAUCCCUCGAUUCAGCCCUCUUCUGGCUAGUUGCCCUUAUGUUGGCUGAUAAUGCCCGAGAGGAUCACUUUGAUGAAGUUGAAAAGGAAAAUAAAGCUGACCCUGGUCAGGUUCUUACUGCUGAAUACCAUGUCAAAGGGGGUGCUGUGUAAUGCUUUUCAUGGCUCAUUUUCUAUCUUAUACCUUAUAUCUGUCCCAAACUAUCUUUAUCUUUUGUGUGUGGUUUAGACUUUUUCCAUUUCACAUUAAUAAUUGUCAGCUAGUAUUUGUUCAGCAUCACCAUGGAAUGAAAAUUUCUCAUUGUAAAUA